CAGGUUGGGAGGAGGAGCAGUGCCUCUGUUCUUGCUGGCACAUGGAGAGGAGAAGCAAACUGGACCAUGUGUCCUCAUCCAACCCAUUUUCCAAAGAGCAACAACUGUGAAUAGAACGUAGUGAUACGAUAGAGUCAGACUGUCAGCUGACCUUGAGCAACACUGAAAACAGGAGAAUGGUCUCAUCUCAGCCCAAUGAAUAAAUCAUACUAGCAAAAAAGGAGAAAAUCCAAAUACAGAGACAGAAGGGAAGGAAGGGGAAAGUGCCUCAAUUGAGGAGGUGAAGGAAGGCAGAAGUCGGGAGGUGAGCUGUUGGGUUGGGAAGGACUCCAGGACAGAUGGACAGACAGUGAGACGUGGAGGAGAAAGGACGCUGAAACAAGAGCAGCCCCUCCCCAGGCAGAGGGAGGAGUAUUAAGGACUUUGGUGAUAGGUAAAGUCACAAGGAGAGGUGGCAAAAUUUGGGUUGUGGGAAUCCUGGUGCAUUGUUUAAAGUGCAGGGGUGAAAAACAAUGCCAUGAAAGAGACCAAAAAGAAUAAGGCAGAAGAAGAGGGGGAGGAAGAGGAGGAAGAGGAGGAGGAGAACGAGGAGGUGGUGGAAGAUGUAGUUGAGGAGGUAGUGGAAGAAGAUGGGGAAGACGAAAGUGAGCAGAAAAAGAGCAAAAAGAAAUCAAAGUCUGAGGACUCAGAGGAUGAUGGGGAAGUGAAGAAGAAGAAAAAGAAGAAGAAGAAAACCAAGAGAAAAGAGUACAGCAGUGAGGAGGAAGAUGACUAUGAGCGCAGAAAGAAGAAGAAGAAAAAAGGCAAAAAGAGCAAAGAAAAGAAGAAAAAGAAAGGUGACAAGUCCAAGAAAGGAAAGAAAGAGGACAAUUUCCUCGAGCUGUAUGAACAGGAGCUUCGUGACUAUCAUUCGGAUUCCUCCAAUGCAACAGAGGAUGAGUACAACAAAAAGAAAGUUUAUGAGGUGGUGACAGUGACAGGAGAUGUCCGGGGAGCUGGGACUGAUGCCAAUGUUUUUGUUACUCUGUUUGGAGAAUUUGGGAUCACUCCCAAGACUCAUCUCACGAGCAACACCGACAAGAGGAGCAGCACGGCCUUUGAGAGGAGCAAAACAGAUGUGUUCCGAGUGAAAACCAACAAUGUUGGACAAAUAAAGAAAAUAAGGAUUGAGCAUGAUAACACAGGACUGAAUGCAGGCUGGUUCCUGGAUCGUGUCAUCGUGACUGACAUGAACAGACCUCACCUCCGCUUUUACUUCCCUUGCAACAACUGGCUGAGCAAGGAGGAUGGGGAUGGGCUGUAUGUCAGAGACCUCAUUGGCAGCCUGAAUCCUAUGGAUGUGCCCAAAAUCAACAAAUACGUGGUCCGAGUUUUCACGGGCGAAGUCAGCGGCAGUGGAACAGAUGCAGAUGUCUUCAUUAAUAUCUUUGGAGAGAAAGGAGACACAGGGGUGAGGAAACUGGACAACGACAAAGACAACUUUGAAAAGGGAGCAGAGGACAAGUUCACACUUGAUGCUCCGAAUUUGGGCAGGUUGAGAAAAAUUAAUAUAGGUCACAAUAACAAGGGUGGCUCUGCUGGCUGGUUUCUUGCAAAGGUGAUCAUUGAAGACAUUGGCAAUAAAUGUGUGUACCAGUUCCCAGUUGGACGCUGGUUUGCUUUAGAUGAAGAUGAUGGCAAAAUCCAGAGGGACAUUCUUGUUGGGGGUACUGAAGCCACAGGUAUUGUGUACAAUGUUGCUGUAGUGACGGGAGAUAUCAGAGGCGCUGGCACAAACUCCAAGAUCCACGUAAUCCUGCAUGGCUCCAAAGGCUUAAAGAACAGCGGGACGAUUUUCCUGGAAGGAGGUGAAUUUGAGCGCGCCAGGACGGAUCUCUUUAACGUGGAGAUAGCGUCUCUUCUCAGUCCUCUCAGCAGGGUCACCAUUGGGCAUGAUAAUUGUGGCGUCAGCUCUGGCUGGUAUUGUGAGAAGGUGGUGGUUUACUGCCCAUUCACUGGUAUUGAACAAACCUUCCCAUGUGGGAAAUGGCUGGAUGAAGAUGAAGGAGAUGGCCUCAUAGAGAGGGAGCUCUAUGAAAUGGUCUCCCUGCGCCAGAGAAGACUCAAAAAAAAUCCUUGGUCUCUGUGGAUCUGGACGAGUGACAUUAAGAACGCAGGGACCGAUGCCACCAUCUUUUUCCAGAUUUAUGGAGACAAAGGAAAGUCAGAUGAGAUGAAGUUGGACAACAAUUCAGACAACUUUGAAGCUGGACAAACCGACAAAUUCAUGAUUGAGCUCCCUGAUCUGGGCACAUUUUAUAAGCUUCGGAUAUGGCAUGAGAAAAGAAAUCCUUUUGCUGGCUGGCACCUGGAUAAGGUAACUCUGCUGAAAACACUGACAAAAGACAAAUACUCAUUCAACUGUGGUCGCUGGCUAGAUAUAAAUGAGGAUGACAACGAGAUUGUGCGGGAGCUCCCUGCAGAGGGGUCUCUGGUGACUGAAGUCAUGCCAGUGAUAAAAUACCGAGUGACAGUUUGCACGGGGAUGGUAAGUGGCAGCGGCACGGAUGCCAACGUCUUUGUCUGCCUCAUCGGCGACCAGGGGGACACGGGAGACCGCGUCCUCUACAAAUGCAUAAACAACGUCAAUAAGUUUGAAAAAGGCAACGCUGAUGAAUUCUUCGUUGAAGCAGUAACACUGAAGCAGGUGAGGAGGGUGAGGAUAGGGCAUGAUGGCAAAGGAGGAAGCAGUGGCUGGUACCUUGCCAAAGUGAUAGUGAGGGAAGAAGGACAGCCAGAAAGCGAGGCUGUGGAAUUCCCCUGCUACAGAUGGCUUGACAAAAAUGAGGAUGAUGGUCAGAUUGUCCGAGAAUUAGUGCCUGCUGGAGAGUCACCGUUGCUAAAAAAUGUCAGUUAUCACAUCAGUGUGAAGACGGGAGAUAUCCCCGGAGCCAGCUCAGACUCCAAAGUUUUCAUCAAACUCUAUGGUGAAAAAGCUGACACUAGCAAGGAGACUCUCUUGGUCUCUGACAACGAUCUGGGCAAUUAUUUUGAACGUGGCCGAGUGGAUGAGUUUACUAUAGAUACAAUGGAUAUUGGGAAGAUCAAUCGAAUACUAAUUGGACAUGAUAAUGUGGGUCUCCGGUCUGGAUGGUUCCUGGCCAGUGUCCAGAUCACGGUUCCAGUCCAGGGAAGGCAGUACAUGUUCCCCUGCAACCGAUGGCUUGACAAAGACGAGGCUGAUGGGAGGGUGGAGGUGGAGGUCUACCCAAGUGAGAUUUUGCCCAUUGAGAAAUUGAUAAACUAUGAAGUGUCUGUAAUUACUGGAGACGUGCGAGCUGCAGGCACCAACGCCAAAGUCUUCAUGCAGAUUUAUGGCGAGACUGGCAAAACUGAAUUGAUCAUCUUGGAAAACAGAUCAAACAACUUCGAACGGGGAGCCACAGACAUCUUCAAGAUAGAGGCUGCAGAUGUUGGCAAGAUUUAUAAGAUUCGGAUAGGCCAUGAUGGGAAAGGCAUUGGGGAUGGCUGGUUUCUGGAAAGUGUCACACUGAAGCGCCUCGCCACAAAGAUGGAUGAGUCCGAUAAAAAAAAGAAGAAAAAGAAAAAGUCUGAGGGGGAGGAGGAAGAGGAGACAAAGAUGGAAGAAGGAAUGGAUGUCUAUACGUUUGUGGCACACCGCUGGCUAGCUAAAGAUGAAGGAGACAAGGAGCUUGUGGUUGAACUGGUGCCUGAUGGAGAAUCUGAACUGGAGGAGAAUACAUACGAAGUCCACGUUCUCACUGGCAGUGUGUGGGGAUCUGGGACAGAUGCUAAUGUCUUCCUGAGCAUCUAUGGCAUAGGAAGAGGAGACACGGGUGAGCGCCAGCUGAAAAGGUCCAAUAACCUCAACAAGUUUGAAAAGGGCCAGGUGGACGUGUUCACCAUCAAAGCCAUUGACCUGGGUGAGCUGAAGAAGCUGCGGAUCCGCCAUGAUAACUCUGGUAGUAGCCCAAGCUGGUUCCUGGAGAGGGUAGAGAUUGUUGACCUCAAGGAGAGCACCACGUAUUAUUUCCCAUGCCAGCGGUGGUUAGCAGUUGAGGAAGAUGACGGUCAAAUUGUCAGGGAGCUGGUCCCAGUGGAUGAAGCAUUUGUAAAGAAAGAUUCAGAAAAUGAUGGCCAGUCUCUUGCAACGCUGGGCCUGGAACAGAAAGCUAAAUCCACGACGUACAUUGUGAAAGUGAAAACUGGGGACAAGAAGAAUGCUGGAACAGAUGCCAAUGUCUUCAUCACUCUCUAUGGAAGUAAAGAUGAUACAGGGAUAGUCAGCCUGAAGGCCUCAAAGCUUAACAAGAACAAAUUUGAGCGUGGGAAGAUAGAUGAGUUUACAGUCGAGUCUGUCGACAUUGGAGACCUGAAAAAAAUCAAGAUAGGCCACGAUAACGCAGGUAAUUCAAAUGGCUGGUUUCUGGAAUGGGUGGAAAUCGAUGCCCCAUCCCUGGGACAAUGCCUCAAGUUCCCUUGUGGCCGUUGGCUGGAUAAAUCAGAGGAUGAUGGAGCUAUUGAGAGAUUCAUCUUCCCUGCAGAAUUGCAGACAACAGAAUAUAUCCCAUUUGUUCCUUAUGAGAUUACAGUCUACACCAGCGAUAUCUUUGGAGCUGGCACGGAUGCAGAUGUCUUCAUUGUUCUCUAUGGAAGUGAUGGGAUCUGCACUCAGCAAAAAUCCCUGUGCCUCAACAAGAGAGAGCAACGGAUGUACUUUGAGAGGAACUCGGUGAAUCAGUUCAUUGUGGAGCUGGAGGAUGUUGGUGACAUUAUUGAAAAGAUUCGCAUUGGACACAAUGGUGGAGGGCUGAACUCUGGUUGGCACUUGGAUCGUGUGGCAAUUCGGAGAUUGCUACCAAAUGGGAAGGGUUCAGAAACUAUCACAUUUCCAUGUGAAAGAUGGCUUGCAAAGUCUGAAGACGACGGUGAGAUUAUCCGAGAACUGGUACCUUCUGAUAUUUUUACUGAAAAGCUCAUGAAGGAUGGGACACUUAAGCAGAUAGAAGAAGAGGUUGAAGACCCGCUGGAAGUUCACACAUACAAAAUCAGCGUGUUCACCGGAGAUAUCUACGGUGCUGGAACAGAUGCUAACGUUUUCCUAAAUAUCUAUGGAGAUCUGGGGGAUACCGGAGAGCGGAAACUCAGCAAAUCUGAAACAAACUUCAACAAGUUUGAAAGAGGACAGGAGGACACGUUUACAAUACAGGCUGUGGACCUUGGCAUUUUGUACAAGAUCAAGAUUCGCCAUGACAAUAGCAUGAUCAGUCCUGACUGGUUCCUGGAAAAAGUGGAGAUCCUGGAUGAGACCACAGAGGAAUCAUUUGUGUUCCUCUGUGAACGCUGGCUCUCCAAAAAGAAAGAGGACAAGAAGAUAGAACGUACACUUUAUGAGCAGAGUUACGAUGGUGAACGGAGAAGCCUGAGUGAGUCCUCAGUCAGCCUGUCGAGUCUGGAUAGCAGUGGAAACCCAAAGGAGAAAAAAUCCCGCUUGGUCAAGUCGGCAGAAGAAGGAUUAUUUUGUGACUCCCAGGAUUGUGGCUGGAGGUCACCUGCAUCGGGUUCUGUGCUUUCCUUUCUGCAGUACCCUUUGCUUGGAAGGCCCCUGUUCACCCACAUCCCAGUGAUGGUGGGACAUGACGGUGCCACCCCUGAGAGCUGCUGGCUGAUGGAAGAGCUCACCAUCGUCGUGCCCACCAAAGGUGUCAUGUACAACUUUGUCUGUAAAUGCUGGCUGGCCAGAGACAAGGGUGAUGGUCUCACCUCACGAAUCCUCAACAUCCUGGAUGCGGACUGUGUCAACGUGGGCAUCAAGGUCCUAUACGAAGUCACAGUUGUGACUGGAGACAUCGAAAGCGGCGGUACCGACGCUGGUAUCUUCAUGACUGUCUUUGGAUCCAAUGGGAACACCGAGGAGAUGCAGCUGGAUAAAAAUGGAGAUAGAUUUGAGCGGGGCCAAGAGGACAGCUUCAUCAUGGAAAUUGCCGAUAUCGCACCCCUGAGGAAGAUGAGGAUCAGGACAGAUGCGAAGGGGAUGCGCCCAGACUGGUUCCUGGAGAGGAUAGUCAUGAGGAACCUGACUAAUCAGGAAGUGGCCACAUUUACAUAUGGUGAUUGGCUGUCAAAGGUGAAAAAUGCCAAGGGAAGUCUUGUGUGUGAGAUGCCAGCCAUGAUAAAUGAUGAGCAGAUGAUGGAGGACACAACUUACACUAUUCAAGUUAAAACCAGUGAUAUUGGAGGAGCUGGCACCGAUGCCAACGUUUCAUUGAUUUUGUUUGGGGAGAAUGGAGACAGUGGGACCCUUGCUCUGAAGGAGUCCAACAAGUCUAACAAGUUUGAGAGGAACCAGAUGGAUGAAUUCGACUUCCCUGACAUGCUGAGCCUGGGAGAUCUCUGCAAAGUGCGAAUAUGGCAUGACAACAAAGGAAUCGCUCCAGGUUGGCACUUGGAAUAUAUUGAUGUGAUGGACUCUGCCACAGACAAGACUUUUCGCUUUCAGUGCGAUCGCUGGCUGGCUAAAGGUGAAGAUGAUGGGCAGCUCAUAAGGGAACUGGCUUGUGCCAAUAAUGACAUCCUGGAGCUGAAGGAACGGACUGCCUAUGAAAUUGUCACAGUAACAAGCGACAGAGACGACGCAGAAACAAAGGAAAACAUCUGGAUCAUCUUGGAAGGGAAGCUGGGCCGCUCGAAAGAGUUCCUCAUGGAAAACUCCUCCAAGAAAAGGAGAUUUGAAAGGGGAUCAACAGAUACGUUUCAGUUUUCUUCUAAGAACCUUGGUGAUAUUGCGGCCAUCUGUGUUGGUCACUGUCCAAAGGAUGGAAAGAAGUCAUCUGCAAAAGCUGAUGUCUACUGGCAUGUCAAGGAGAUUAUCAUAACGGAGAUGGAGCUUUGCAACAAGUAUUUUUUCAAGUGCAAUGGGAAAAUCCCUCUGCGGUACAAGAGACGGGACUACAAAGUCUUUGAGUGUGCCAAGGUCAUUGAGAGCUUUGCCAGCAAAGCCCGCAGCUUGGUGCCAGUCAAAUACGAGACCAUCGUGGUCACUGGCUUUGAAAAGGGUGCGGGGACGGAUGCCAACGUGUUCAUCACCAUCUUUGGGUUGAAUGGGGAUUCGGGGAAGCGAGCCCUGAAGCAGAAGUUCAGGAACCUCUUCGAACGGGGCAAAACCAACAGAUUCUACCUGGAAACAUUGGACAUGGGGGAGCUGAAAAAGGUCCGGAUUGAGCAUGACAACAGUGGGCUGGCCCCUGGCUGGCUGGUGGAGAGGGUGGAGAUCACCAACUCAGCCACCGGUGUGACCACCAUAUUUCCCUGCGGGAAGUGGGUUUGUAACAGCUUCCGGUAA